AUGGAGCAGAACCAGCUGGACCGAGAAACCUUGUGCUGUUCGAUCUGUCUGGAUCUACUGAAGGAUCCGGCGACUAUUCCCUGUGGACACAGCUACUGUAUGAAGUGUAUUAAAAACUUCUGGGAUGAAGAGGAUCAGAAAGGAAUCCACAGCUGCCCUCAGUGCAGGGAGACCUUCACACCGAGGCCCGUUCUGAAGAAAAGCACCAUGUUAGCAGCUUUAGUGGAGCAGCUGAAGAAGACUGGACUCCAAGCUGCUCCUGCUGAUCUCUGCUAUGCUGGACCUGAAGAUGUGGCCUGUGAUUUCUGCUCUGGAAGAAAACUGCAAGCCAUCAAGUCCUGUUUAUUCUGUCUGGCCUCUUACUGUGAGAAACACCUUCAGCCUCAUUAUGAUUCAGCUGCAUUUAAGAAACACAAGCUGGUGGAGCCCUCCAAGAACCUCCAGGAGAACAUCUGCUCUCGUCAUGAUGAGGUGAUGAAGAUGUUCUGUCGUACUGAUCAGAAGUGUAUCUGUCUUAUCUGUUUAAUGGAUGAACAUAAAGGCCACGACACAGUGUCAGCUGCAGCAGAAAGGACUGAGAGGCAGAGAGAGCUGGAGGUGAGACGAGAAAACAUCCAGCAGAGAAUCCAGGACAGAGAGAAAGAUGUGAAGCUGCUUCAACAGGAGCUGGAGGCCAUCAAGCACUCUGCUGAUAAAACAGUGGAGGACAGUGAGAAGAUCUUCACUCAGCUGAUCCGUCUCAUCCAGAAAAGAAGCUCUGAUGUGGAGCAGCAGAUCAGAUCCCAGCAGGAAACUGAAGGGAGUCGAGUCAAAGAGCUUCAGGAGAAGCUGGAGCAGGAGAUCACUGAGCUGAAGAGGAAAGACGCUGAGCUGAAGCAGCUCUCAGACACAGAGGAUCACAACCAGUUUCUCCACAACUACCCCUCACUGUCAGCACUCAGUGAGUCUACACACUCAUCCAGCAUCAAGAUCCGUCCUCUGAGCUACUUUGAGGAUGUGACAGCAGCUGUGUCAGAGCUCAGAGAUCAACUACAGGACAUCCUGAGAGACGCAUGGACAAACAUCUCACUGAGACUCACUGAGGUGGAUGUUUCACUGUCAGAACCAGAACCAAAGAGCAGAGCUGGAUUCUUGAGAUAUUCAUGUGAAAUCACACUGGAUCCAAACACAGCAUACAAGAAUCUGUUACUAUCAGAGGGGAACAGGAAGGUGACAUUGAUGGAUCAACCUCAGUCUUAUUCUAGUCAUCCAGACAGAUUCACUGAUUAUCUUCAGGUUCUGAGUAGAGAGAGUCUGACUGGACGUUGUUACUGGGAGGUGGAGUGGAGAGAGAGAGUUUAUGUAGCAGUCGCAUACAAGAAUAUCAGCAGAGCAGGAGGAGGGAAUGAAUGUGUAUUUGGAUGUAAUGACAAAUCUUGGGCAUUAAAUUGUUACCAAGGAGGUUAUGAAUUUCGUCACAACAGCAUCUGGACCUCCAUCUCAGGUCCUGGUUCCUCCAGAGUAGGAGUGUACCUGGAUCACAGAGCAGGUAUUCUGUCCUUCUACAGCGUCUCUGAAACCAUGACUCUCCUCCACAGAGUCCAGACCACCUUCACUCAGCCGCUACAUGCUGGAGUUCAUGUUGAAGGUUCUGCUGAGUUCUGUAUGGAGCAGAACCAGCUGGACCGAGAAACCUUGUCCUGUUCGAUCUGUCUGGAUCUACUGAAGGAUCCGGUGACUAUUCCCUGUGGACACAGCUACUGUAUGAAGUGUAUUAAAACACACUGGGAUGAAGAGGAUCAGAAAGGAAUCCACAGCUGCCCUCAGUGCAGGGAGACCUUCAUACCGAGGCCCGUUCUGAAAAAAAACACCAUGUUAGCAGCUUUAGUGGAGCAGCUGAAGAAGACUGGACUCCAAGCUGCUCCUGCUGAUCUCUGCUAUGCUGGACCUGAAGAUGUGGCCUGUGAUUCCUGCUCUGGAAGAAAACUGAAAGCCAUCAAGUCCUGUUUAGUCUGUCUGGCCUCUUUCUGUGAGAAACACCUUCAGCCUCAUUAUGAUUCAGCUGCAUUUAAGAAACACAAGCUGGUGGAGCCCUCCAAGAACCUCCAGGAGAACAUCUGCUCUCGUCAUGAUGAGGUGAUGAAGAUGUUCUGUCGUACUGAUCAGAAGUGUAUCUGUAGUCUCUGUUUAAUGGAUGAACAUAAAGGCCACGACACAGUGUCAGCUGCAGCAGAAAGGACUGAGAGGCAGAGAGAGCUGGAGGUGAGACGAGAAAACAUCCAGCAGAGAAUCCAGGACAGAGAGAAAGAUGUGAAGCUGCUUCAACAGGAGCUGGAGGCCAUCAAGCACUCUGCUGAUAAAACAGUGGAGGACAGUGAGAAGAUCUUCACUCAGCUGAUCCGUCUCAUCCAGAAAAGAAGCUCUGAUGUGAAGCAGCAGAUCAGAUCCCAGCAGGAAACUGAAGGGAGUCGAGUCAAAGAGCUUCAGGAGAAGCUGGAGCAGGAGAUCACUGAGCUGAAGAGGAAAGACGCUGAGCUGAAGCAGCUCUCAGACACAGAGGAUCACAACCAGUUUCUCCACAACUACCCCUCACUGUCAGCACUCAGUGAGUCUACACACUCAUCCAGCAUCAAGAUCCGUCCUCUGAGCUACUUUGAGGAUGUGACAGCAGCUGUGUCAGAGCUCAGAGAUCAACUACAGGACAUCCUGAGAGACGCAUGGACAAACAUCUCACUGAGACUCACUGAGGUGGAUGUUUCACUGUCAGAACCAGAACCAAAGAGCAGAGCUGGAUUCUUGAGAUAUUCAUGUGAAAUCACACUGGAUCCAAACACAGCACACAAUGAUCUGUUACUAUCAGAGGGGAACAGGAAGGUGACAUGGAUGAAUCAACCUCAGUCUUAUUCUAGUCAUCCAGACAGAUUCACUGGUUUGUCUCAGGUUCUGAGUAGAGAGAGUCUGACUGGACGUUGUUACUGGGAGGUGGAGUGGAGAGGGAGAGUUUAUGUAGCAGUCGCAUACAAGAAUAUCAGCAGAGCAGGAAGAGGACAUGAAUGUGUAUUUGGAGCUAAUGACAAAUCUUGGGCAUUAGAUUGUCGCCAAGGAGGUUAUAGAUUUGGUCACAACAACAUCUGGACCUCCAUCUCAGGUCCUGGUUCCUCCAGAGUAGGAGUGUACCUGGAUCACAGAGCAGGUAUUCUGUCCUUCUACAGCGUCUCUGAAACCAUGACUCUCCUCCACAGAGUCCAGACCACCUUCACUCAGCCGCUACAUGCUGGAGUUUUGGUUUAUUCUGGAGGUUCUGCUGAGUUCUGUAAACCCAAAUAGACAGAAUCCACUGAAGGUUCAGUGAGUUUGAUUCUGGUUUUUAAAUCUCCAGCAGAUUAUUUUCUUGAUGGUUGUUGUUUUAUGUCUAAACUGCACAGAAAUCAAUAGUCAGAGAUUGUCAGCACUUGUUUUCCUUCAGAAUUGAUGUUCUGGUUCUGUUGGGUUUGUUCAUUUCUCAACAUUGUUUUCUAAACCAGCUGAUCAGCACCAGAAUA